CCCGGGGCCCCUCCGGCCCGGCGCCGGGGAGCCGGAGGCUGCCCUUUGGUCCCCGCCCUGGGACGGUAGGCUCCGUCCGCUCCCGGGGCAGCCGGGGCGCUGCUCCCUCCGCCUCCCUCCCGCCGUCUCCUCCCCAGGCCCUUUGCAGGGAGGUGCUCCCCUCGGGCGGCGGGGAACGCGGGCUGGGCUGCCGCUCCUCCUGCUAUGAUGCCUGGGCAGAUUCCAGACCCUUCCGUGACUGCGGGCUCUCUGCCAGGGCUUGGCCCCCUGACCGGACUGCCCAGCUCGGCUCUGACUGCAGAGGAGCUGAAAUACGCCGACAUCCGCAACAUUGGGGCCAUGAUCGCCCCCUUGCACUUCCUGGAGGUGAAACUGGGCAAGAGGCCCCAACCCGUGAAAAGUGAGCUAGAUGAAGAAGAGGAGCGAAGGAAAAGGCGCCGGGAGAAGAACAAAGUCGCAGCGGCCCGUUGCCGGAACAAGAAGAAGGAACGGACGGAGUUUCUGCAGCGGGAAUCUGAGCGGCUAGAACUCAUGAACGCGGAGCUGAAGACCCAGAUCGAGGAGCUGAAGCAGGAGCGACAGCAGCUCAUUCUGAUGCUGAACCGGCAUCGCCCCACGUGCAUUGUCCGGACGGACAGCGUCAAGACCCCCGAGUCAGAAGGCAACCCGCUGUUGGAGCAGCUAGAGAAGAAGUGACCAUGGGCUGGGAGAAGGAGGAGGAGGAAGAGGAGGAUGAGGAGGAGGAUUUGGGAAGAGGGGAGAGAACGAGGGCUCCUAGAGGGCCCUUCCUUGCUGCAUGACAAACUUUCCAAUGAGGCUCAGCCCAGCCAGCGCUGGCCGGGCUGUUCUGUGAAACUCGGAUCAGCCACACAAGGGGAAGAACGGGCUGACGAAACCACAAGGACCAAGCGCUGAGACCAAAGUAGACCCUUGGGUGGGGUUGCCCUGCCUGGGGCCCAGCUGGAAGGAGGCAGGACAGAGACCCCUGGCCAGAGAGACACCCCACCGAACGGCCUCAGGCACCGCUGCAGCCUCUCCACCAGGGCACCCGCGGAGGGACCUCAGAGCAGCCAGGAAAAGCCAUGAGUUGCAAAAGAAAUGCGCUGGGGAUGGAACUCAGAGUCAAACUGCAACCUGCCGGCCCCCAGCCCUGCCUCCUGACCCCGAUGCCAGGCUGGAGGGGGCGUCAUGUGGGGCCCUGCCGUCCCCGCCCCACCUGGGUCCAGCGCGGGCCCUGCCGGGAGCGGCAGCCGGGGUGCACCCUCGCCGGCCCUGCUGGAGUUUGCUGCGGGCACGAGGCGCGGGCGCCCUUCCAAAGCACAUACUCACCGAAUGUUUACAGACUGGCUGUCCUGGCAGGGCUUUCAACUGCACAUGUUUUUUAUACUUUCUUUUUUUUUUUUUUAAUAUUUUUUACAAAAAAAAAAGAUUUUAUACAAGCAAUAUAUAUAUGGAUUUCUAUAAUCACUCGAUGUGAUAUAGUAUAAAUAUGCUAUAGUUUGUUUGUUACGAACAGCUAUCCAGCAGUUAUGGCCAUUGUGUGUAACUCCUAAGUACUGUAGUAGUCUCUGGGUGUUGGGGGUGGCCGGGGCGGGCAUGGGGUGCAUUUCCAUCCUGGUAAACCCUUCAUAGUACUCAGUCCUGUAUCGCUCAGUAAACGUUACUCUUACUUAC